CGUGAUGGCUACAGUGUUUCUGUGGUGAUCCUGGCAAAAUCAGGGCAGUUGGAGGGUAUGGAACUGGGUGUCAGAAUUAGCUAUCCUUGGGUGCCACUGUGUUUUCUUAGGCAUGGACCAAUAAAUGACUGCUGUCUCUGCCCUGCCAGCCUCCCUUCCCCAACAGGCAACAAGACUUGUUAAUCUGCUCCUGCCUGCUAGUAAAAACCCCAGCUUCUCUUCCUUUCUCCUCUGCAUGAAGUCACUUGCCCGACACUGGAUUUUUGCCAAAUGCAGAGCACACUCUGAUAGUAGCAUUGCUGGAGAAACUGAGGGCGGGAGUUAGCACUGGAGCUGAGCAGACAAAGGGCAUUUUCAAUCAAGCGCAGGCUGGGAAGAGAGAUGGCUGGGCUGAAUGCACGCAGUGUCCUGGUGACUGGGUCCAAUCGGGGUAUUGGCUUUGAGCUGGUGAGGCAGCUGGUUGGGAAAAGCAACCGGCCAGAAUGGAUCUUUGCCACCUGCCGGGAACCAGAGGGACCACGUGCCCAGGUCUUGAAGGAUUUGGCUGCCAAGCACCAGGGAGUGGAGAUCAUCCCACUGGACAUUUCUGAGCCCUCUAGUGUCAAGGAUGCUGCAACCAGAGUCACUGAACGGCUUAAAGGGGUCGGGCUGACGCUUCUGAUAAACAAUGCUGGAAUUGCAAGGGUAAAAGCUAUGGAAGCUGAGACGCCGGAAGACAUGUCUGAAGUGUAUAAGACCAAUGUGAUUGGGCCCAUGAUGGUGGUCCAGGCAUUCCUGCCCUUGCUGAGGAAAGCAUCUCUGGAAAGCCCCCAGAAUGGGAUGAGCUGCAGCAAAGCUGCCAUUGUCAACAUCUCUAGUGAAGCUGGCUCCAUCACAAAUCCCUUCCUGUGGGAGCAGGCACAUGUUGUCAAUUACCGCUGCAGCAAGGCUGCUCUGAAUAUGCUGACGCGAUGCCAGUCCCUGGGAUAUGCCAAUGACAAAAUCCUGUGCAUUGCACUGCAUCCUGGGUUUGUGCAGACAGACAUGACAGGUGGAGGGUUACUCACAGUGAAUGAGAGUGUGCAAAGCAUCCUGAAGACCCUUUCCCAUCUCUCGGAGAAAGACACUGGGACUUUUGUGAAUUGGCAGGGGGAUGUACUUCCUUGGUGAACCCAAGCUAUUUAGCUACCUGAUGUGGAGUAGCAAAGUGCCUCAGGGUGCACAGUCCCAAAAUGGGUCACAUUAUUUUGACACCAGAGGCAGAAACACACACAAGCUCCCCUCUGUCUCCCCCAGCAGUAAUAAAUUACAGAACUAUGAAAUACACCUAAUUUGAUACAGUCAGAGGUGGGACAAUGCAUUUUGUUGCAUGUGACAGACCCCCAUUGAUUUUAUUUUAUUUUAUAAAUAAUGUUUUAUUUGGUUUGUAACAAUAUAGCAACAUUCAACAAUGCAUGACACCAAUACAUUCUCAAUCUAAUAACAGAGAAUAGAAAACUAAAGGGCGGAAAAGGGGAGCAAGAUAAAGGAUCCGUCAGUUGAAAAUCAUACAUUUCUUAUAUAUAUUAGUU